AUGGACGCCACCCGCGCCCUCCUCCUGCCCCGGACCGACGGUGCCGUGCCCGGAGUCGUGGACUUCCGCGGCGGCCCCGCCCCGCGCGCCUCCACUGGCAUAUUUCCAACAUCCACCGGCCGAUGGUCUGCCGCCAUGUUCGUCCUCGGUGUGGAGAUCGCGGAGCGGUUCGCGUACCACGGGGUGUCGGUCAACUUCAUCAGCUACCUGACGGGCCCGCUGGGGGAGUCCACCGCCGGCGCCGCCGCAGCGAUGAACGCGUGGAGCGGCGUCGCCAUGAUGCUGCCGCUGCUGGUCGCCUGCAUCGCCGACGCCUGGCUCAGGCGGUUCCGCACCAUCGUGCUCGCCUCCGUCCUCUUCGUCGUGAGCAUGGGCAUGCUGACCUUGUCCUCGGCGCUCCCGGUGUUCCACUCGGACUGGUGCACUAGCUUCACCUUGCUCUCGGGCGCGUGCUCGUCGUCGCCGGUGCAGGUGACCAUCUUCUACAUCUCGCUCUACCUGGUGGCGCUGGCGGAGGCCGAGCACAAGCCGUGCGCGCAGGCGUUCGGCGCCGACCAGUUCAACCAGCACCACCCCGACGAGUCCGUCUCUCGGAGCUCCUUCUUCAACUGGUGGUACUUCGGCAUGUGCUCCGGCAUCGCCGCCACCACCAUGGCCUCCAGCUACAUCCAGGACAACAUCGGCUGGGGCCUCGGCUUCGGCAUCCCCUGCCUCAUCAUGGUCUUCGCGCUCGCCAUGUUCCUGCUCGGCACCCGCCGGUAUCGCUACUACACCUCCACCCAGUCCAGCCCCUUCGCCCGCCUCGCCAGGGCCUUCGUCACGCUCCUCAAAGGCUCCAAGUCCAGCCAAUGCGCCAAGUAUGAUCACUCAUCAUCCAUCAUUUCUCGUUUGAAAUCUACAAGCAGUACUCUCGCGGGCGAGGAUGGUGAGUUCAACGCGGAGCACCGGGAGGAAGUUCGGGGCCUGCUGCGGCUGUUCCCCAUCUGGGCGACGUGCAUCAUCUAUGUCGUCAUCUUCUCCCAGUCGUCGACCUUCUUCACGAAGCAGGCGGCGACGCUGGACCGGCGGAUCGGCGCCACCUUCCGCGUGCCGCCGGCGGCGCUGCAGACGUUCAUCAGCCUGACCAUCAUCACCUUCAUCCCAGUCUACGACCGGCUCUUCGUGCCGGCGGCGCGGCGGUUCACGCGCCUGUCCUCGGGCAUCACCAUGCUGCAGAGGAUCGGCACCGGGCUGGUCCUCGCCCUGGUGGCCAUGGUGGUGGCGGCGCUGGUGGAGGCGAGGCGGCUGGGCGUGGCGAGGGAGGCCGGCCUCGUGGACGACCCCAAGGCGGCGCUGCCGAUGAGCCUGUGGUGGAUGGUGCCGCAGUACGUGCUGUUCGGGCUGUCGGACGUGUUCGCCAUGAUCGGGCUGCAGGAGUUCUUCUAUGACCAGGUCCCCGACGCGCUGCGCAGCCUGGGGCUGGCCUUCUUCCUCAGCAUCUUCGGGGUGGGCCACUUCCUGAGCAGCUUCCUCAUCUCCGCCAUCGACGGCGCCACCAAGAAGGGUGGCGCCAGCUGGUUCUCCAACAACCUCAACCGCGCGCACCUCGACUACUUCUACUGGCUGCUCGCCAGGUUGAUUCAGCAAAACGCAGGGGGGUUUGUGAGAAAAUCCGUGCGCUGA